AUGGUCUUCGCAUGUGCAAUGAAGCAAGUCCAAGGUCCUUCCCUCACCGGCGAAGGCGAAGAUGAAGGCGAACUAAUGGUUUACAAUGAGGGCGAACUAUGGGCAAAGGGACUUUAUGAACAACAGUGGUCAGCGGCUCUUGUUUCCGUCCAAGAAAUCUAUUUGGCCUGCCUUCAGUCCUGGAAUCUUUUAUUUCAGCAGAAAUUCCUGAUCAGGAUGUGCCAUCAAACAGCUCCUUCCUACAGGCAACUCCUGUACCCAAUUUCUGGUUUUGGAGCUCAAGCAAGUAUUAUAUCCAUCGCGUCCCUAAUGUAG